UUGAAGUAAAUAUAGCAGAAAAGAUUAAAUACUUUCUAAAUUGAAAAAAAAAUUAAGCGUAAACUUGAAAUAACAACAACCAUUUUAACCAUUCUUAACAAAAAGAAAUGUUUAGUACUAAGUUAACAUAUUAAAUUAUAUCUUAAGGUUUAUGUGACACAUUAUUUUCUUAGUAGACUGGAGUAAUGACAGCUGAAAAUGGGGCUUUGGAAUGGAAUUUAAGUAUAAAUAAAAACAUAAAACACUUAUUUCAGAUUAUAGAGAUUAUGUCUCUGUAAUCUAUAACCAUAACACUAGGGAAAUUAAAAUGAUUAUUUUCUUAAAAAAAAAAAGAAGAAGAAGAAGAAGAAAAAGUAGCCAAAUAUUUCCCUUCAUUUUAAUGAAUGGGCAUUUGCCAGUGGUUCUCAACCAGGGGGUCAGGACCCAUUAGGGGGCCUCAGCACACUUCCACGGGUGCCUCAAGAUAUCUUAAAAGUAUUUAAAAUAUGAUAUAUUAUUAUAAUUUUCAAAUAAUUAUUAUAAUUCAAGUCACUGAAAAUGCCAAAAAAAAAAAAAAAAAAAGUAAAAAAAAAAAAAGUAACAACUCCCUUUAACAGCUUGCUUUUUAUGCAAGUUCUAGACAUUUCUGGAAUCACAAUUUUUGAAGAAAUAGCUUAUAAUAGAUAUAUCUUAUAAUAUAAAUAUCUAAUAGCCUAUAUGGGGAGGCCUUCGAAUAUUUUCUCAGACAAUGAGGGGCCUUGGAGUCAAAAAGGUUGAGAACCACUGAGCUAUGCUAAACCAUGGCCCCAGCAUUGUGCGUGAGUGUAUGUCAAGACCGAAGAACAGACUCAAAGAAGAAUAAAAAUACAAAUGGCUCAGCAAAUAUUUGUGCAUUAAAUUACACAUACACAUAUGUAUUUCUGGAUUGUAUUGUGAGCAAAGAAAACCAUAUAUUUGUGCAUUGUUCUGGUGUGUGGAGUUCUAAAUUGAGUGCGUGUGGAUCUGUUGCAUGCAUGUGUGGAUCGGUUGCCCAUGGAUUCCCGUGUGCAUUUGUCGAUCUCUUGCAUGUAUGUGUUCUGGCCUCUAACGAUGGUCAGCACUGCGCAACCACAGACUCAAAAGAUCCCAUGCAUUUAUGGGCAGAACCCACAAAGCUUUCUUAUGCUAUUUAUUGGAGAAAAGAUAGAAAUACUCUUUAUUACGCUAACAAAUGUAGCCAGUCUGAACGGGAACGCCAUUACCCCGCAAUCCCCCCCAUUUCCAGUCCUGGAUACAACAAUGCCUGUAAUCAGCUUUUAAAAGCACACCCUUUUCUUUCCUGCAUUGCAUGUUUAAGAUUGCAUGGUGAGUUGUGUGUUGGAAUAAUUUUGUGUAACAGGAAAAACAUUGCACUUUUGAGGGCCAGUAGUUUCAGCCAUCUUUCAUUUCAUUAAACCAAAGCACUCAUUAGUGUCACCUGUUCUGUGUGUCCUUCAACAACAGCACUGAAGCAUGACAGUCACCUCUAUCAGCCACACUCUCAUACACUUUGUCCCAAUACAGUGUGUAAUGUGUCUCAAGGGAUUACAUUCCUAAUCAUCAUUCUCCUUGGUGUGAAAAGGACAGUUUGUGUAUGUAUUUUCGUAGACCUUCAACAUACAGUGAAGGUAUGACUAUAAUGGCUCUGUUCCAAAACCUAACAUACCACACACUGGACAAAAAGGCUUGCAGCAAUAGCCACUUUUCCACCAUCGGGCCAGUGCGAGCCAGAGAUAUCAACUGGCCAGCCAGGGCCAAUAGCCUUGGACCUUGAGCAGCGAUACCAAAAUCAAUCUGCAUUCCCACCAUCGGGCCAACAGCCCCGCAACGUUGCCCUAAAGCCAGCCCUUAAUCACCCUGGUGCCAUCGUCACACACCCCGACCAUUUCAAAAGCAAGAGGGAAGCUCAAGCUGAGACACUAUGGUGAAGGGGAAGAAGAAAUCAAAUGAUCCUACAGGUCGAAAAAUCACACUCAAGAUGGCAAAGAAUGCUCUGAAGGUAACUAUAGAUGGCAAAUGUCGCCUGGAUCUCAGCAACAUGGACAUUGCCACCUUCCCAAAGUGCAUCUUGAAGCUCUGUGAUGUAGACGAACUGGACCUCAGCCGCAACCUGCUCAAGAAGAUCCCAGACACAAUUGACAGGUUUGUCAACCUCCGGUGGCUUGACCUGCAUAGCAACCAUUUGGAGCAGGUACCUGCAGCUUUAGGACGUCUGCAUAACCUCUGCAACCUCAACCUGUGCAACAACCAUCUGACCACCUCGGGCCUGCCGCAUGAGCUGGGUCUCCUGAGGAACCUACGAAUCCUUAAUCUGGGAAUGAACCACAUCGAGACCCUACCUCCAUCCAUUGCUGCUCUCAAAGAGCUUAGAGAAUUGGGGCUCUUCAACAACCUCUUGACACAUCUGCCCAAGUGCCUCCAGAGCCUCCCAAAACUGCAAAAGUUGAACAUGAAGUCUAACCCCAUCCUUACAGAUGACCCUCGAGGGGUGGACCGCAUCCAGAGAGUGGAUUUUCUUUACCUUGUGAGGGAGGACUGUCUGUGUGUUGACUGUUUGAAAAGGUGUAAGAAAGAAAGAGAGAGAUUAGACAGUCGAAUAAGUGCAGCUUCUACAAAAAAGAAGUUAAUCUUUGCUGGGCUCAUUACGCCAAACUCUGUAGUGCUAGAGAAUCAGGCACUAUGGAGGUGAAAUGCAAAGGUUUGAAGUGCUGUAUGAACAUGUGAAGAUUCCAAAUCUAUCCUGUCUGAAAGGUAUAUGUGUGUAGGAAAGUGGGUAUCUAAUUCAUAACGCUUUAUAUAACAAAAUAAUAAUUGCAUUGAACAGUGUGUAUUAAUAUCAGCAGUAGAUCAUUUUCAUUUGAUGCAAUCACAAUAAACCAAACAAAUACCUGAAUCUAAAACAGGUUGCAUUCAUUUGAGUACAAUUAUGUGUUCAUAAAAUGUUGUACAAUGAAUGUGUUCAUGUUCUAUACCAUAACCAUUAGUCUCCCGCAGACUCUCCCAGCACAAAUGAGGAACAUCUCAUGGACUCUAUGGACACUCAUAGACUAUUAACAAUGUAUGAGAUGAUAACGUGUCUGUAAGAUAAAUGACUCUUAGUUGACAGAAUGCAAACAGUCUGCAAACACUGACAAGUUUCUAGGUCUGGGUCUAAGGAAGCAAUAUCAUAAAUGUCAUGGGUUUUCAUAAUACACUAUUUCAAUGUCUUGUGUCCCUUUUUCUACCGACCUGUUAAGUUGCAGUUUACAAUACUACAUGAGACUGAAUCAUCAGAAAAGCCAUCCUUUAGUUGGUGUUUUCUCUAUAAGUAGUGAAAGCAUUGACGGAUACCUUCAUAAAAAGUUUAUGCUAAUACAGGGCUCCAGACUAAAAAAAUGACGUAGGAGCCAUUGGCUCCUAAACUGAAACAUUAAGGAGCCAAAUAGCUGUUUUUAGUGGCCAAAUCACAGAAUUGCUUGAUUUAGAUUGCUGUUCAGAAACAAGAUAGAAAGCCGAAGAAAAGGAAGACAGCUGAUAACCCAUUAAUCUGAGGAUUAAUAAACAGAAUAUAUUGUUGAGAAG